GUUGUGUCCACCAUUAUUAUUAACACCAUCCCAGGAAACAAACCACCACCCAAUAUUGAAGGAAAAGCAAAAGUAUCUGUCAAGAAUUGGCAGGUAGAAUGUCCAAGGCCUUGGAUGGCAGGAGGAACACCUCUGCGGGGAGAGUUGAUGUCCGAGAGCGAGGUAGUCAUUAGAAGUGGUGAGCUGAUCUGUGGAAUUUUGGACAAGGCUCACUUUGGACCUACUCCUUAUGGCCUGGUGCACUGUUGCUAUGAGCUGUACGGAGGCCAGACAUCGACUCUGCUGUUGACGUCUCUAGCAAGAGUGUUCACUCAUUUCCUUCAGAUCCAUGCAGGAUUUACUCUGGGAAUACAAGAUAUUCUAAUUACACGAAAGGCCAAUAAGAAACGGUGGAGGAUAAUGAGAAGUGCCAAGACUGUUGGGAAUGAAGCAGCCGCUGAAGCUUUGGGCGUCACCGACCCAGACAAUCAAGAAGAGUUGUUAGAUAAGCUGCAGGAGGCUCACCGAAGUAAAGAUGACAGAGGAAUGAAGCAAUUGGACAAUGUCAUGAAACAAAGAACUGAUUCUUUCAACAAUAAAAUCAAUAAAGUCUGCUUACCAGAUGGAUUAAUCAGGAAAUUUCCAGACAACAACCUUCAGUUGAUGGCUCAAUCUGGGGCAAAGGGAUCAAGUGUCAACUGUAUGCAGAUUUCCUGCCUCCUUGGGCAGAUCGAGUUGGAGGGGAGGAGGGUUCCUCUCAUGUUGAGUGGACGAUCACUCCCGUCUUUUAUGCCGUAUGACACUUCUCCGCGAGCUGGAGGUUUUGUAGAUGGAAGGUUUUUGACGGGAAUCAGGCCUCAGGAAUAUUUUUUCCACUGUAUGGCAGGACGAGAAGGUUUGGUCGACACAGCAGUCAAAACUAGUAGGAGUGGAUACUUACAGCGGUGCCUCAUUAAACACCUAGAAGGUAUAGUUAUUAACUACGACUUAACGGCAAGAGACAGUGAUGGCAGUGUUAUACAGGUAUUACUACUUUUGUAUAAGAAAUUACAAUGA